AUGUUGAUAGUAAACACGGAAAGGCGACGAUCCCGCUCUCUCCCCACAGCCUUUUCCAUAGUAAUCACUGAUCACCGGUGCGGCGCUGUCUGGUUCCUGGUACGACGCGCCGAGAUGCAAGUCUCCUGUUUGUUUCUGCCACGAUGCGAAGAUGAGUCACUGCUUGACGGGAGACAUCUUUCUGGAUCAGAGUUGCGGUCAGACGUCGAUAUAUACUCUGUCGAGCCUGCGGCACUGAGAUUAAGUGGAAGUGUACUCCGAGGAGUUGAGGACUCAGGCCACCAUGCCUCAAAGUUUCGAGCCUUGAAACAAGCAAAGUUUGCCGAUCUUCAUUGA